CUGCAGAAGAGACAACAGAUGUCUUCACACCAAUUCAUUGCAUAAGGUGCAUGGUGAGCUGGUGCGAUGGAAACUUCUGAAGGCUGCACCUUUAUGCAGAAGCUGCAUUCAAAUAGCUAAAAAAUCUGAGGGGCCCAUGCCUCCUUGGCCUCUGUCUGUCUGCAGGAGACGACAGAGAAAUCGUUGUCCUAAGUUGAACUUGAUCUGUCCCACAACAAGCUCCAAGACUGUCAUGAGGAACUUCUCAGCCGAUUUUCAUGGUGACAUUUCCAGGCGUUAUAAGAUCAGGCUCAGAGGCUAAACUAUGUGUGAGCCUUCUAAAACCAGAAGAAAAUCUGCAGCUUACUAUUUCGCUGGUUUACUCUAACCAGAACAGAACACUUCUACAGGAGAGAACCGAGAAGGAAUUCCACCGCUGCCUUGACUUUCAGGCUCCUGACUCUGAUUCAGUGCAAGAGAUCCAAGUGGAAGCUCAAGGGGAAAACACUCAUCUGAUUAAAAAGAGGAAAGUCAAAUUCAUAUCAUAUAAUCCACUUACAAUAAUUCAAACAGAUAAACAAAUCUACAAUCCUGGACAAACAGUUCAGUUCAGGAUUUUCACAGUGGACCUAAAUUUGAAGCCAAUUGAUGAAACAUACAAACUCGUAGCAAUGCAGGACAAUCGAAUGAACAGAAUCAAUCAGUGGAUUAAUGCCACAUCAACCCAUGGCAAGAUUCUGCAACUUUCCCAUACGCUGAAUCCAGAGGCUGCUGUUGGUUCAUAUGAGCUUUUUGUAGAGACUAGCAAGCAAACAAUUAAAGAAUAUUUUCAGGUUAAAGAGUAUGUUCUACCAAAAUUCGAUGUGAAAUUACACAAACCAAAGACAGUGAGAGCGAAUGAAGAGGAAGUAAAGCUGGGGGUAUGUGGGAGAUACAUCCAUGGACAUCCUGUCCAAGGUAAUGUGAAGAUGGGACUCUGCAAAACCAUGCCAGUCGGUAUUUAUUAUCCCUAUCAGUAUCAUACUCCACUCUGUGUUAAUAGGAUAGCAGUACUAAAUGAGACAGGCUGUGUCUCUGAGAUGUUCCCCAUUUCAUUCUUCAUCAGAAGUUCAGAAGUGUAUUUCAUGCCACAGUCUCUUCAUUUCACUGUAUCAGUAACUGAAGAGGGGACAGACAUCUCAAUGGAAAGGACUGAAAAUGUGUUUUUGACCUAUACUAUUGGUAGCAUCAAAUUUAUUGACCUGCCAGAGUUCUUUGAGAAAGGAUCAGUCAUACAAGCAAAGGUUAAAGUUGAGUUCUCCAAAGGAACCCCAUUUCCUUACUUUAAGGUUGUUGUUCAACAUGACCUGUCUCAGCCUCAAGAACUUACCACAGACAUCAAUGGGUUGGCCCAUUUCAUAAUUGAUACGUCCCUUGCGAUAAGUACAUCUAUUUAUGUAUCGGCAUAUGCGUCAUUCACCAGUCAGGUUGGUAGUCCAUUCAUCUUUGAAUCUGCAUUCAAAACUCUGCAAAUAAAAUCCAAAGAAAGCCCAGAAAAAGCGAGUCAGCUGGUUAUAAAGUCUCUAGAAGAACCGCUGAAAUGCGAGGAGGAGAUCUCAGUAACCGUGCAGUACACUAUUGCUGGAGAGACUGUUGAAAGUGGUUCUGUUACCAUAGUCUGCCUGGUUUCAUCCAGAGAAGAGAUAGUCUACAAUGGCUAUAAGAACAUUGAGGUGAAAGGCUCUGAUGGAGUAGUGGAGGGAGAAGUGAUGUUUAAAGUCCCUGUUCGUGCCCGGAUGGCUCCUAAGAUGGAGUUUCUCGUAUACUGUGUGCCGCCCAGUGAAAUUGUACUAGCUGCUUCCAGAACAUUUCAAAUUGAGAAAUGUUUUGAAAACAAGGUGUCACUGCAGUUUUCUCCGACUACAGCGGUUCCUGGUGAAGAAAACACUCUACAGAUCUCAGCUCAGCCUGGUUCACUGUGUGGCCUCAGUACUGUAGAUCAGAGCGUCCGGAUCAUGGAGUCCGGGAAACAUCUAGAUGCUGACAAACGGUUCCUGGUGAAGAAAACACUCUACAGAUCUCAGCUCAGCCUGGUUCACUGUGUGGCCUCAGUACUGUAG